CACCACACAGGGCGCAUGUCACAGUAGCGCAAAGCCAAGCCGUUAGUUUUUAUUAUUUUUUUGUCAUAUUAUAUACAAAUAUUUAACUCUCUCUUUAAGCAAGUAUGGGGUUUAGAAGUUCUCUGCGAUGGGCGCUUUUCACGUUCUUUUGCAACUUUUUCACGCACGGCUUUCCUCCACCACCUUCUUAUGAUCCUCUCCACACCGGAGUGGUGCACAGACACAGAAACAGGAACUGGUGUGCCUAUGUGGUGCAGAAGAACGUCAGCUGCGCUGUGCAAGGUAGCAUGGAGAGCUUCCAGGAGCCCGUGGUGGCCCCCUGCCCGCCUUACAUGGCCAACUGCCCCCAUCAAGUGACAUACAAAACCCGGUUCCGGCCCACAUACAAAAUUGCCUACAAGAAAGUCACAGAGUUGGAAUGGCGAUGUUGUCCUGGCUACCAAGGGCCCAGCUGUAGAGAUUUAAAACCCACUCCAGAGCAUCAGAUUGUGCAAGAGGCCCAGGCCUAUGGGCCAUCAAGUACUGGAUAUUCCAACAGACCCAUACAGAGGCCAGAGCGCAGAGAGACGGGCCACCAUGAGACAAAUGACAAGGUGCACCUUUUGGAAGGUGAAGUUCGGCGGCUCUCCCAGACAGUCCUGGACCUGCAGUCCGCUCUGAAAGGUUUAACGGCCAGCCUCCGUGCAGACCUGCAAGAGGACACCAAGAACAUGUUGGUGACCCUCUUCAACAAAAUGCAGCCUCCAGACAGUGCAAUGGUCCCAGGCCCAGAGGACAGUCCCGCAGUCCUUGACGGCCACCAAGCAUCCAGAGGCGGGAUCGCCGGAGACAAGGUCCUGGAAAAAAUUGAAGGCCGCUUGGACGAUAUCAAUGAUUCGCUCAAAACCAAGGAAGAGAUGCUUGAAGACCUCCGAGGAACGAUAUCAAGUCACGAGGGGCAGAUUCGUGUCCUGAUGGAUGCCUCACAAUCCCAGACUCCGGUAAUGAUGGAGCUUGACGUUGUGCAGAGUUACAUUGACGGAAAAGUCGGAAAGUUGAAGCUUGAACUGGACCAAACUAUGAAAGAACAGUUGGACAAGAUACAAAUAGCAUGCACCAGCAAGAUUCAGACCUUGCAGAAAACCUGUGAGGAUAGUCACGACAAAGGUUUGGAAAGCAUGACCAAACUGGUGGAGCAAAAGGAGGCUGACUUGAAGAAAGAGAUCAGGGCUCUUCGGAUGGAUAUGACAGCUGCAGAUGGGCCGUCACGAACUCAGCGGCAGACGGACCCGAUUAAGAAGCAGGAGGAACAAAAUGACCAUAAAGAUUUGUGGAUCGAGAUUGACCGAAUUCAGGAAGCUUACCGCAUCCUGAACGCUCGUAUUGACAACGAGCUGGUACACGUCUCUGAGCUUCGGGAGGCCAGUGACGCCUUAACUCCGCUGGUUGAAGAACUAGACGCUCGGUUAAAUAUCUCUGAACAAAAUGCAGAGACUCACUGCUUUUACAUAGAGGAGAAACUGACACGGAUCAUCACAGAAGAAGUGGCAUCAGUAAGGCAAGUUCUGGACGAGCGUCUGAACAGCAUGGAGGACCAGUUCACAGACUUGCUGGUGGAGAUAAACAACAACACCUUCCCGGGGAUGUACGGAGACUCCAUGGAGACUGUGCAGGUGCAAGUCAAUAACAACAAGUUCCUUCUGCAGGGUUUGGACGAUAAGAUCAAUGCUAUUGGAGAAUUGUGCGCCGGAGGGUGCCAGGGCUCAGAAGCUAGUAUCGUUGAGGGAAGUUCUUCGCCAUCACCAAAGGGGAUGGAAAUCUUUUGGAAGGACCUGCGUCGCUAUAAGAACGACUUGGACACCCUUCGCACCGACAUUGGCGCAAAUACAGACAAGCUCCAGCACCUGCUGGAGAGCAUGGAAAGGGAAUCAGCCGGGAAUGAGAGACGCUCCAAGACCAUGGACGACUUCCAGAAAGGGCUGAGUAGCGUUCAAGAUAAUGUUUCGGGCCUGGCCGGUGCCGUCACCGGACUGAGUGAUUCGUUGAGCAAGUACAAUCAGGAUAUGAUCAAGAUAAACUCGACAUGUUGCCAGGCAGACAAACACAGCCUAGGGGGACAAGAUGCCUCUGGCCGCCAAAUAGAAGAGCUGAGGAACCGAUUGGACGUACUUGGAAAGCAGAUUUCUGCUGACCCUGGUCAGUAUCAGCACGCGGAAGGACAAGUAACCGCACUCCGGAAGGCAUUCAUUCGGUUAGAAGGCAUUAACGCUGAAAUCGAAGAACUGAAGGUUGGCAUGGGGAGGACGAACGCCACUUGCGAACGCCACAGCUCCGACAUCGCUGAAGUGCAUAAUUCCUUGCGGCGAUUCCAGGCCCAGCUGUCAGCCAUGGCCAGGCAAGUCUCCAAAGACGUUGCCGCGAAGGAUCCAGGAGUGCUCCUCAAACCCGAACCUCCGGCGUCCCAGCCAGACCCGGGCAGAGGCCGAGUUCAUCAAAUCCACAUCCCUCUCAUCAUCCCCCCACCGAGGCAGCCCAAUACGCACGUCGUGAGGACGGCACCCCACAGCCAGCCAUCCGCCCCCCGGUGGCCUGGAAGCCACGUCGUCCCCGCGGUGCCCGGCAACCCUGUAGGGGAGACAGGCGAGGCGGGACCCCCCGGGUACACCCGUAGAGUGACAGUAAGGAGGGGCUCCGAGGACGGGGCCGGCCAACCCCUCACCGGGUUUGCAGGAGCACCAGGCUAUCCUCCAGUGCAGCCAGUUUCAGUCAAGCCUGAGUGGAUCAGCCCCAGAGGUCCACUCGCAGCAAAAGUGCCCUGGAACCCAUCGUACCAAGCGCCUGUUGUAUCACUUGGUACUCCAGAAGAGCGCAUGAUGCCAGCCGAUCCGUUCUCCUUUUCGGCCGGACUCACUCUCCAACCGUUCUCUGGAGAGUUUGGCAUGAUUCGCUUCGACAAGGUUUUGCUUAACGACGGCGGCCACUACAGUCCCCGCACAGGGCUUUUUACAGUUCCGCAAGAUGGCCGCUACCUUCUCUCUGGCCUUCUGACGGCGCAACGCGGUGAUCCAUUGGAAGCGGUCCUUUCCGUGUCCCAGCGCAGCAUCCAGAGGAUGCGCAGCUCGGCGACGUCCACUCGAGACACGUGCGGCUGCGGCAACUCAGUGUCCUUCGCUCUUGUCGUACCUCUAAAGCGAGGAGAUCGCGUGGGCCUACUUCGGACGGCAGGCCGAUUGGCGACUACCGAGGCCCGAGAGGUGCUUUCCACCUUUAGCGCCCUCUUCUUGUACGGACCCUCAACACACCGUCGAUAGCUGGAGCUCAAAGACUGAAAUGUGAACUGUGUGCAUACGAACAACUUUCUUCUAAUAUAUUUGAGUCAUUGUAUCCCCAAUUGUGAAUAUGGAAAAGUCUUAAUUUAACUCAUAAUCUGUGACAUGUGACUGCAAUAAAUGGUCAUACAUGAACCCAACAAGACAAAGUGCUCUUGACACUUUGGUGAGGUGCAAAUUAACUCAUCGAGGUAAUGCAGAUCGAAAAAAAACUGAUAAAAUAGCGUGAUGAUGAAUGCGUUGUGUUGUUUCGGUUCUUUUUUUAUUUCUUUACCCCUCUUAGCAGGUCUGAGGUUCAGAGUUCUAAUUUUUUUUCUCUAUGCUUGCUUGGUUUUUCUCUGGGUUUUAAAGCCUUUCUCUCCACUAGAGUUGCCCGAUAAUUACUUUUUAACCGAUAACUGAUAUCCCGAUCAGGGGUCGCGUUAACCAAAUAUUUUCUGUCGUUGACCGGUUUUUUAAAACAGUGACGGAAAAAACAAGUCCAUCUGUCAUUUUGAAAGGUUGCAAUUCACACCCCAGACCAUAGGGUGGCGAGUGAGCAUAUUAAUUAGCUAUUGUCUCUCUUGAUGCAUGACGUCGUUGGCCUUGCUCGGAAAAAUGUCAAAACAACUGAGUGUCCGAAGUUUCUUAAAAAAGCCCCAAAACGACGGUGUUGAUAAAAGAGGUGAAAAAAGAGGGACUGAUGCAGUGGAGGAUGAAGGACAAACAAGCAAUCAGGCCUCGGCAACUACUGAGCGAGCAAGCGGCAGCAAGGAGGAAGGUGUGAGACUGCGUUCAGGCCACAGCAGGUGAACUGUUAAUUUCACUGUUCCAUACGUAGCCUACCGACUGGGGCCACAGUCAGCUGUUUUUGUCACUACGGAGAAAAAGUUACAUAUUCA